UCUGGUGAACAACGUGAGUACCAAAGUUUAAGAUGCCAAACAUUCCAGUCUCUGCGUCAAGACAAUAUAUUUUUUUCUUACACGGAUUUGAAUAAUAAAUGUAAUUCUAAAUUGUCGCUUGGACAAAUUUUAGAGUUAGUUUUUUACUGGUCAGAAGACAUGAGUAUUGUAUACUUUGUCAGCUUACUGGACGUUCUAAUAAGAUAGUAGUAGACUGGUACAAUUUAUGCCGCGAUGUGUGUUAUACUAUUUAUGAAAAUCGGAAACCUAUGGGUGGAUCUAAUGAAUGUGUUCAAAUUGACGACUCAUUACUACGAGGGAAAAGGAAAUAUAAUAGAGGCAGGAUUCUACUGGGUGAUCAUAGAGGUGCAAAUUUGACGGACGACGAUAGUUCUGAUUCUGAUUCUGAAAAUAUUCCUCCUAAUAACAGGAAUAGAAAUUAUUGCAAACGAGUAGAAAGACCUUGGGUUUUUGGAAUGUGUUGGCGGCAUGAUGGUUUUCUUGAAAAACGUUUUUUUGUUGUUGAACGUCGAGAUAGAGCUACACUUAUUCCAAUAAUUGAAAAAGAAAUACUUCCAGGAACAUAAAUAAUAUCAGAUAAAUGCAAAUUAUAUAAAAUUUUACAAAAUACAUGUUAUAAUCACUUGACUGUAAACCAUUCUAAAAACUUUGUCGACCCGCUAACAACAGCCAACACCCAGACAAUAGAAUGCGUUUGGUCACAUCUGAAAAUGAAAAUACUUCGAAAAAUGCAUGGCACUACAUCGGAACUUUUACCUCGUCAUCUGAUUGAAGCAUGGUGGAGAUCAGUUAAUC